AUAAAACUAGUUCUAAUAUUUUUCAUUCCUUUUUCUUUUCUCGGACUAGCUUAACUUCUUACUGAAUUACACCGUCACUUGAUUGCGCCGGUUGGAUAUCAUAUAUACCCUUAGAAGAGUUGAAAUAAGCUGGAACACCAAAAGAAGUGACUCAAAAACAUUUCACAUAACCUUUAAAUCAAGUUUACUUGUGAAUCUAAUUUACUUUUUUUCUAAUCAAUCGUUACCUUUUUUUCCAUUCUAAAAACGACCAUGUUGACUCCUGCUGAGAUCAUUGCUGCUAGAUAUUCAGCAGAACCGGAAGAUGUUUCCCCAAUUGCAAUUGAACCAGUUGUAGAAGAAACUACUCAAAAAUCACAAUCGCUGAAUCAAUCUUCAAGAAAGAUUUCUGAUGAAUCAGCUUUCCCAGCAUUGGGUGGUGGAUCUACCAUCUCUAGUACUCCUAGCUGGGGACCUGGCUCGUCUGGAAAUGGACAAACUUCUAAUACUACUAGUUCUGGAUCAGGUUCAAACUCUAGUGGAUUCAGUCAUACUUUAGGAAAUGGUGCUAAGACUUCUUCCCCAUCCUCAAGUAGAUCUAAUUCUAACUCUGGUAUGAAAUUUUCAACAAUUCAAGAUGCAUUUUCUCUUUCUGUUGAAGAUCAACUCCAAGUUACUCGUCCUGAGUUCAUUAAGCUUUUAACGUCAAUUAAGACCUCGACCAAGACUAAUAUUGAAUGUACCACUUCUCAACAUACUAAAAAGAGAACAUUUUUGAUUACUGGUAAACCGGAAGAUGUUAGAUUAGCCAAAAGGUUGGUAGUUAAGAAAUUGACUCGUCCAGUUAAGAUAACAUUCUUGAUUCCUGCCAAUGUCAGAUCAAAGGUUAUUGGUGCUCAAGGUAGAGUUUUGAAACCAAUUGUAAAGGAAAAUGAUGUCAAUGUUGAUAUUGGUGAAGUUUCUGAACGUGAAGAAACUCCAGAAAGCAAUGAAAACUCUGAAGAUAUCGUAGAUGAAGAUAAUGAUGAUUCAGAGGAGAUGGUUCAAAUCACCAUAUCUGGUGAUGUUGAAGGUUGCAAGCAUGCAAAGGCUCAAAUUCUUGCCAUUGUGAAGGAAGAAACCAAAAAUUUGACUACUAGAGUUCCAAUUUCCGAUUUUGUUAAACCAUUUGCAACCUCUUCUUUGAAUUCUAUUGUUUCUGAUUAUCCUAAUCUUGACAUUAUUAUUCCUGAUUACAAGUCUAAUGCUUCAUCAAUCAUUAUUUCCGGUGCUAGAGAAGAAGUUUUGGAAUCCAAGAAGCUUAUCUUGAAGAAACUUUCUGAUGUGGAAGCUUCCCUUUCAGUCGUUGAAGUUCCAAUUCCAAAAUUAAAGCAUCAAUUCCUUCCAAUUGAUGAAAUCUUAGAAAACUUCAAUGUUUUGAUUAAAUUAUCUCAAACUAAUGACGAUGCCCCAGUCCAAUUCAUUGGUCCUAAGGGUAAGAUUGGAGCUGCUCAAGAACAAGCAAGAAAGACUACAUCUCAAUACAAGGUUGAAGUAUUGGAAAUGUCAAAGGCCCACAGAGGUAACAUUGCUCAUGUUAAAUCUGUUGCUGCUUUCUUGACUUCUGAAGGUACAUUCCGUCGUAUUGGUAAGGAACACAAUGUCGUUGUUAAUGCCCCAACCAAGAAACAUCUUGAAAGCGAAGAAGCUCUGAUUCCUAUUGAAAUUGUUGUUAAAUCGGACGAUGCUGAUUCUGCUAAGCUUGUUAGAAAGAGUAUUGUUUCUGUUGUCAAUAAAAUUAGUCCUGAUUCUACAAGAAUCAUUGAUGAUAUUGAAGAAUUCUUAAUUCCACGAGUACCAUCAGCUAUUGAAUCUGUUUCUAAGGAAAACAAAGUUAAAUUUGUUAUCUUGGGUAAUAAGGUUACUCUUUUCCAAGACGAAGGCAUUGAAGGUAACGAUGAAAGCGAUGACUUUGAUGACUUUUCUGACGAUUCGAUUGCUUCAUUUGAUGCUGUGAACAAGGCACUCGAUUCUCUUAGAGAAUUAGGAAAGACUUUGGACAGUAAGAUCAUCAAGCUCACCAGUGAAGAAUCUGACCUUAUUUUGGGUUCCAACAGAACCACUCUCAAGGUUAUUUUGAGUCACGUUGAACCUGAUUCUGUUAUCGUCAAGGAAUCUGAAGAUAAAAUUGUGCUUCACGGUACUAAGGCCGAAGUUUUGGCAGUUGAAAAGGAAAUUAGAACUGCUUUAGCAGACUUCAAGGAAUUCGGAUCUGAAUAUUCAACUUCAAUUGGCUUCCCUACUUUCAUUUUAUCAAGAUUUAUUGGUAGAAAUGGUUCUAACUUAAAUGCUUUACAGAAAGAAUUUGGAGUUAAGAUUGAUGUUGAAAGCAAAGCUGGUGAAACUAAUGCCGCUGAAGAUAAAACUAGUAAGACUCCAAUUCUGGUUAUUGGUACUAAAUCUAAUGUUGAAUCUUGUCAAGAAAAGAUUGUGGACUUUGCUAAGAGAUGGGCUGAUGAAACCUUGGUUAGACUUCGUAUCGAAGAGCAAUAUCACCGUAAGAUUAUUGGUGCCAACGGUAUCUACAUCAACAGAUUGCAAGAUAAGUACCAUGUUAAGAUUAGAUUCCCAGCUGUUAACGGUGAACCUUCGAAGUUUGCUGACGCUCCAAAGAGCAAGGACGAAGUGACUAUCAAGGGACCUUCUCGUGGUGUUGCUAAGGCUGAAGAAGAAUUGAAAGAAUUAUACCAAUUUGAAAAGGAAAAUGGGUUCCAACAAACUAUUAAGAUUCCAUCAAAGGCUAUUUCGAGAGUUAUUGGUAGAGCAGGUGAAACUAUUAAAGAUAUUUCUGACGGUACUGGUGUGGAAUACAAGUUUGAUCGUGAAGGAGAUGAAGUAGCCUUGGGUUACGUUGAACUCUUAUUGACUGGUUCUAGAGCUGCAUUGAAGAAUGCUGUUGAAAAGAUUAAUGAAAUCGUUCAAGAAGCUGAAAACUUCGUUGAACAAACCAUUUCCAUUGAUAGAAAGCACCACCGUCAUUUAAUUGGCCCAGGUGGAUCUGUUAUGAGAGAAAUUAUCUCCAAGGCUGGCGGUGAUGACGUUCAAAGAAACAAGUAUAACCGUUUGUUGACUAUCCCAGAUGAAAAGUCUGGAUCUGAUGAUAUCCAAUUAAGGGGUGAUAAGUCCAUCGUUGACAAGAUUGUAGAACAAAUACAAGCUAUUGUUGCUCGUCGCGAGGCUUCUGUUAUUGAGGAAUAUGAUUUGGUCAAAGAAAAGCAUCGUUUGAUAAUUGGUCCAGGUGGAUCUAUUCGUCAAGGACUUGUAGAAAAAUAUGGAGUUUCCAUUGAUGUUCCUAAAUCCGGUUCUGAGUCUACGAUUGUUAAAUUAGAAGGUCUUCCUGAAGACGUUUCUAAGUUGAGGGUUGAAUUGGAUGAAUUGACUAAAGAUGACUGGAAUGUUGAAAUCGAAAUCCCAGAAAAGUAUCAUCCAUUAGUUUCAGAAAGAGGUGUCGUCUUCAAUGUUUUGAAGUCCCAAUAUAAUGUUGAAGUCCAACAUGGUCCUACAAAUGCAAGAGCAUCAAAGUUAUCUAAAUCUAAGAUUCCUACAAUCCCAGAGGAAGCUCAAGCUGAAGGUAACAAAUUUACUAUUGUAAAUGGUGUCGAACUUCCUGAAGGAUCAAAGAUUAUCUUUUGGAGAUUAAAGGGUACUGAAGCAGACACUGCCAAGGCCAAAAAGUAUAUUGAAUCUCGUCUAAAGAUUGCCGAAGCUGCUACUGCCACUGGUUGGUUCUACUUCCAAGACCCAUCUGUUUUGCCAAAGAUAAUUGGUCCAAGAGGGUCCAAGUUAAAUCAAAUCAGAAAGAACUCUGGAUGUUUCAUUACCGCUCCAAGACAAGGAGAACAAAGUGAAAAUGUCUUGUACUUGGUUGGUAGUGAAGAUGGAUUGGCUAUUGCUAAAAAAGAAAUUGAGCUGAUUGUCAAAAAAUAAUUAAAGGGAAUACAAAAGAGAUUUUAUUGUUUAUAGUUUAUAGUUCCUUAAUAGAAAAUUUGUUGGAUAAAAUUGAGUACCAUGAUU